UGCGAUUCAGAUAUUCAAUAUUCGCGUUCUUCAUCAUUCUCAUCUCUCUUUUUUCUUGAUUGUGCUCCAAAAAGUAUACUGUUUCUAUUCGCUCAAUUGUUUACCGGCUUUAUUAUUGCUCAACAGUGUAUUCAAUGAAAUUUAAUGGAACUAAAGUAAAAUAAGAAAAUAGCAGUGGAAUUUAAUGGAACAAACUAUAUUACUGAAGUAAAUUUUAUGCAAUUCAGGCCGGUAGCCAAUGCAAUAUUUUUACUUUAGACUGCAAUUACCACCAAAAAUCAGGAAAAUAACGAGGUUUUAUCCUCGGGGAUUAAAUAAAGAUUAUUGAAGACAUUAAUAUAGAAUACGAGUUUAACAAUCAUGUCCGAUGCGGAAAAAACUGACAUGCCAUCGGAUACACAGGACACAUUUUUCGAGGAGAGUGAAUCAAAUUCUCAAUUUGCCAAUAACACAGUGAAUACUUCCAAUUGUACGGCCGAAAGUCAGGAUUUUCAUUUACUCGACACUGGAGACAGUCAAGAACUUGAUUUGCCGAUGAAUGAUUCUGAGGUUGUGAGUAUUGUCAAAGAAAAUGAUAAUACGGAGAAAAUAAUGGAGAAUGAGAAUUCAACGUCAAAGGAAGAAUCAAUAGUGGAGCAGACGGAGGAAGACGAGGAUAUUGUUCAUGGAACACCACCACCAUGUUUUUCGCCAUCAAAAAAAUUAUCAGCCCUUGCAGAUAAAUCAUUGAAACGUAGAGCUGAUUUCAGUGAGGAUUCAUGUGAAAAUUUACCGAAAAUUAAAAGAAAUAAAAUUGAAGAUGAAUUGGAAUUGAUGGAAAGUGAUACAACUGAUGUUAAAAAUUCCGAACAAAAAUGUGACCAGUCUGAAUGUGUAAUUAUUCCCGAAACUCAAGAAUCAACACAAGAUUGCUCCGAAAAGAAUUUAGAAGCAGGAUUGGAAAAUUCUUUAGAAGAAGAAUGUGAUUUAGUAAACGAAGCCAUUGAUUCAGUGAAUGAUGGCGAUGAAAAUCAGAAUGAUUCGACUGUUGCAAAUUUUGCCAAUAACGAUGUAUCAAAUCAAAAUGAGAAUUCUCUCCUCAAGGAUUUAAAUGAAUCAAAGGAAAUUGAUUUUUCUGACAAUUUUACCGAGAAUGGUGACGAGAAGAAGGAUUUUAAUAAAACUGAUGAUGACACUAAUUUAGAAAAAGAAUUGAGUAAAAUAGUUGAAAUUACUGACGAUACGACUAAUAAUAUCGAAAAGUUGACAACUCCAGAGGAGAAUGAUACUAAAUGUGAAAUUAACGAAUUAGAAAAAGCGAAUAGUAUAGAAGAUGCUCUGAAACAAUUAGGUGGAGAAUGUGAUUCGACAUUAUCGUCGAAGCCAAUUAUCGAAAAAGAAUCAACAGAAUCGGAAUUAUUGGCCGUAUUAACUGAUUCGGAUACAAAUGCAGAAAUCGACGAAGUUACGGAUGGGAAACAAUUGCCGACUUCAAUGGAGAUUGACGAAAAGUCCGAAAAUGAGAAAAAGCCAAAUGAACAAAAUGAACAAAUAGUCAAAUCGAGAAUGAGCAUUGAAGUGAUUUAUGAUCGAUCUUCCCUGAGUCAAGAAAUUAAGGCAAGACCUUCGGAAAUUGUCGAAAUCGAUGACGACGACGAUGAUGAUGAUGAUAAAAUUGUUAUCGACUCCUCUCAGGAUGAAAGUAAAAUUCCAGAAAUAAAGGACGAUGAUGACAACAAAAAGGUGGAGAAAAAAGAAAGCGAAUUACAAGACAACAAGCCUAUCGUCAAGGAUAAUUUGAAAGUGGAAAAUACUCUCAUCAAUGGCGGUGAUAUCGAAGGCGAUGAUUUAGAUACAACAGCGAGUCUCAAGUCCGAUAGCGAAACAAAGGAAAAACUUCCCAAAGUCUUUGUUGUCAGUGACAGUGAAGGUGAUUCGAUGCUUGAGAAUAAAUCAACGAGUGAAAGUCACGUGACUCUCACGGCACCAACGAAAACGCAACAAAUCGAAAAGGAAUUUGUCAUUUCUGUUCGAUUGAAAUGUUUAAUAACAAUCGAUGAGAGUACAAAGGAUGUUUUAAAUAAAGAAUUAUUGGCUGUUAAUUGUGAGAUUAGUAACGAUCAAAUUCGAAAUAGCGAUACAUCAACGUCACUUGCCGAUAUUUCGGGAAAUGACAAUAAAGACGGAUCACCAGGUUCAGUAACGUCGGCGACUUAUCCACGUUUCUCAAUUAUGUCCACAUCGACCAUAAGUUCAUCGACAUCGUCAUCAAGUUCCGGCUCAGUAGCAACAAAAUUAACGAACGAUAAAUUAUUCUCCAUUCCCAAGGGUAAAGCGAAACAUACAAAAAAAUUCCAUCCAAUCGAUGGUAAAUCGAGUUUAGAACUCGAACAAUUAGGUAAAGAAUGGAAAAAUUCCCACCUUAUAUCGACAUCAAUUUUAAAUUUCCUCAGUACUGAUGUUAAUAUUUUUGAAUUACAAAAUGGAGUCGAUAUGAUUGAUGAGAAAAUUCGUUCAUCAACACCAGAAGCAGAAGAGACACCACAGAGAUCGUUGAAAAAAGGAAGACCACCAAAGAGACUGCAGACGAGAACAACGAGAAAAAGGACUAAAAUUAUCGCCACUACAAAAACAUCGCCAAAUGUUGUUGAACCAAUUACUGAGGACAGUGAUGAAUCGUUCGCAAUUAAGGAUAAUAAGACAAAAGCAGGUUUUUCCACUCCAGUGAAAAAAUCAUUGGAAGGAUUGAGAAAUUCAUCGUUCGCCGUCGAUCAACCUGAUGAAUUAUUGGGUAAACAAGUAUUUGCCAAAUGGUCUGAUAAUAAUUAUUACGCUGGACAUGUGAUGGAUAAGAAUAAGACAAAGUAUAAAGUUAAUUUUCUCGAUGGUAAAAGUAAACAAUUAAUAGCUGAAUUUAUUAUUCCAAUUUCGGAGACAUUUGGCAAUGGACUUUCUGUUUAUACAUUGACAAAGGAUGGGGAUUAUGGACCAUGCGGAAUGAUUGUUGAUAUUGUCGAGACAAAUAAUAAAGUGUCUUAUGUAGUUGAGCCAGAUGAGGGCAAAAAGAUUACUGUUCAAAUUAAAGACAUUUUUCUCACGCCCGAUCAAGCUCAAGUUUUAAAGGAGGAAUUGUGGAGCGAACAAAAGAGUCUUCCAUCAACGCCACACUCGAUUACGCAGGUGACAUUGGACAAUAUGGUGGACGGUAAACGGCGUUCAAGACGAAAUACAUCAACAGCACCAACACCGAAAUCAAAGAAAUCAUUGACAAACUUAAUUAAUAAAACAACUGAAGAUGAGCCAUCUGUCUCGGGCGUUGUUUCUAAAUCGAAAGAGGCGGAAAAAGAUAAAGAUGUCGAUAAAGAUGGAAAGACAAGUGACUCGAAUUGUUCAAUUAUCGAUGAAAAUGGAGUGCAUGGAGUUCAAAAGGAAAUUCCUGGUACGGCUAAUGAACAAAUAACAACAAAGGGCCCACAGAGUAGAAUAAAGGGAAAGCAACGUAAUCGAAAGAAGAGCGACGACCAGGAGACUAUCGAUCUUCUUGGACCAAUUCCUGAGGCGAAUUCAAAAAUUUUCGAUGGAAUGUCCUUUGUAUUGACUUGCGCUUCCGUGGAGAGUAUCGAUAGAUACAAUGUCGACAAUGGAACUGAUUCAAAUUCAUCGGAAGUUGGAACUGAAAAUGAGGAAGUUUGGAAUGGUCGGCCAUUUGUUAGGGAGCGUUUGGAGCAACAAAUUGUCGCUGGCGGUGGUAAAGUUUACGAAAGUUUUGAUCUCAUACCAGUUAGUGAAUAUGAAAGUACUAAACUCAUUACAAAUUUGCCAAAUUUAACUGCAAAGAGUUUGCUCUGCCUUUCCGUUGGCAUUUCUGCUUACAAUCACAUGUGGGUGAUUCGAUCGUGUCAAAAUAACAAACCUGUGAAUCCCUCGGAAGAAAAAUUGCCAGCCGGUUGGAGUAUAGAUAGGAGAAGUUACGUUGAAAUGUUCAAUCGACGAGAUCAAAAACCAUUGAUGCAUACAAUUGUAGUGAUUCCCUAUCAGGAGGAGUGCGACAAGGAAUUCGUUUCAUUUUGGAGUAGAAUUUGUGAGAACGCUGGCGGAAAUGUAAGAGUUGUCGACAAUCCAGAAAUUAGUUUUAUCGAAGGAACAGUGGUUCUGACAAAUUACAGAUGUCCAUUGUGGGUUGUUGAAAAAGCUCGAGGUUGGGAAAUUCCCCUUGUCUCAACCACGUGGGUUGUUCAAAGUCUAAUUGAAGGUAAAAUUCUUACUUACGACGGUCAUAAGCGUUUCAAGCCUUUCUAAAAAUUCUUAAAAUGAUACAAUUUUUUUUCCUUCUCUUAAUUAUAAAAAGAAAAUAAAGCAAACAAAAAAAUAUUGUAUCGAAUAUUUCUGAAGGGAAUGCAACAUAUUUAGCAAUUAAGAUUUUUUCAAGUCUUCUAAUAAGUGUUUGUUUUUUUUCCUUUUUGUUUUAAGUUCGUAUAAUAAUUGUGUAUAGUAUAUAACAAAAUGUUCUAUAAAAUUUUUCCAACAAGUAUAAUUUAUGUACUUGUAAUAAUUUUUGGUCCAAGCGAUCACAAUCGUAAAACAAAUAAUGUGUAAUUAAUUUUAAUUCGUGGUGCGCAAUUAACAUGAAUUUUUUUUUCUAGUAAUUUUUUGUUUAUUGUAUAAGAAUAAAUUUUGUUUAAUCCCAUUCUAUGGCUGAGUUUCAUGCUGAAUAAUUGUGUAUGUUUUGCGAUAAAUGCUCGACAUGAAUAUUAUAUAUAUAUAAAUAUAUUAUGUAUGGUUAAAAUAAUCGAUUACUAAUUGAAUUCUUUUGAGUAAUUUGAAAGAAUAAUAAUUAGUAAAGAAAAACUCGCCAUUGGGAUUUCGUGAUAUGGAUUUAUCGCAGGUAGAAUUAUAAAAGUAGAAUAUUAAGUAUAAUAUUUUUUUGUCAUAUAUUUUAGAUAGUGUAUCCUUAUUGUUUAUCUGAUUCGUGAAUCUAUUAUUUCAUACUUUUUUGGAAUCAAUUGAUAAUAAUAAAGUUUAUUUAUAA